GUUGGCACGAUGGUACGGACUCGAAAGCAAGUAGAUAUAAAAUAGACUCGUGGUAGUGAAAAUGGCACCAGUUGUGCUUUGUCUGUACGCUCAUCGACAUGGCCUCUCUCAAAUUUAUGAUUGUCUUGGCCGUGGUGCUGAUCGCCACCCUGAGCACCGUAUCAGCCCGAAUAUAUCUUCUUGAAAUCGACGACGAGGACGCGAUGAUGAGGCACAAAAGACAGGGGUUCAGGGCGCCGUACGAGGACCGGUACAGGGCAGUGCCGUCGAACCACCGUCCGACGCACGCCGCAAAAUCAGGACAAGAAUUCCAGGCGCGAAUCCAAGAGGAAGCCCCUCUGAGCCGCGCUCGCCGCAGCCCCGGCAAAGAAGGGGUGGUCGGCCCCGUGCACACCUUUGUGAAGACUGACAAGCACGCUAAUUUCAAGUGGGGUGUCAAGCACCACGUCGGCAAGCAGUACGCUGGCUAAAUUUCCCAAACUUGCUGAUUGACCCGUGAUCUCAUCAAUUUUGUCGCGUCCGUCUUGUGAAACUGUUUUUAGAUUUUGAAAUUAAAAAAUCUGUUACAUACUGAAAUGUUUAUGAUAUAAACAAGGAUGAACGCGAUCUCAAAUUUUUGCGUCGCGAUCAGCGGCAGUGUUGCGAUCUGCGAUCGCGAUCGCGAUCCUGUAAAUUUAAAAACAUGCGAUCGCGAUCAUGCGAUCUUGCGAUUUUAUUGCGAUCAUUUCUUAAUAUACUGCAUUAAUUAUUUGAUGGCCGAUUUAUAUCAUAUAAGUUUGUCUUUUGUUGUUAUGCAUAAAUUUUUUCAAUAAAAAAGGUUUACAAUAAAAAAUUUAAUUUUGU